AUGAUGAACAUUUGCAGGCCCAUCUUCGACCCAACAGCAUUCCCUCAUAGUGAUGCAGCCCACGAAUGGCAUGCUUUUUCUGUGAGACUCAUCUUCACAGAUUGGCCCAGAGAGGUCGGCAACGACCACCCAGGGCUGGAGACCAAAUUAAUUUGGAUUGUCUUUGGAGGUCUGACCUCUAGUCGCAGGAGGAGAGACAGGUGA